AUGUUUAAUAAUAAAUCCAAAAAGCCUUCGUUAUUGUAUGUUGAAUGUAAGUCAAGAGAUAUUUCAAGAAGAAAUUCAAGGAUUAGUGAUUUGCUUAAUGAUACUAUGAAUAAGGAAAAUUCAAAUUAUUAAUCCACCUUUAUUCCAAAUACUUAAAAAAAGAUUGAUAGAACUGUUGGAAGUUUAAAUAAGAUGUAUAAAUAAGCAAUUUAGGAUUAAUAAAUUUUGUAAGAGCAAGCAUCAAUGUUGAUGGAAGACUUGAAUGGGAAGUUAUUGUAAAGAGCCGAAUUAAUAGGUUAAGUGGAAGAAUUAGAGGAAUUAAUAGAAUUCCAUAAAAUAUAAAGCAAUUUUGAGUUUACUUUUGCAACUAAAAUAGAAUAGUUGGACCUACAAAUUUAAUAGUUAAAAAAAUCAUCAUCAUUUAAAUUAACAGGUAAUACAGCAGAUUUGAUACGGGAUAGAGAAUAAUAACAUAAAGUAUUAAAAGAGAAAAUCAAUUAAGAAACAAUACUUGCUAUGACAACUUAUAUGUAAUAAUGGGGUAAAGUAUUAUUUUCUAAAUAUAAGGUCAUUAAUUUGAGAAUAUUAAGAAUUAAUAUGGGAAUGAUGUGUAUCAAUAGGUUCUUAAAGAAUAAGAGCAAUAGAUUAAUCAAUUAAUCUCACAAUAAUAUAAUAAAAAAAUUUAAGGUAUAAUUUAGAUAAUAAGAAAUCAUGAGAAAUUAGAAAAAGCUAUUCAAUUAAAUAUUGAAUAUGUUGAUAAUUCAUUAAAUGAAGAUAUUUAUAUAAUAAAAUAAACAAUGAAUUAAAAGAAAUAAUAAGUUUAAAAUAUUAGAAAUAAUCUUUUAGAAGAAGAUUAAUCUAAAUUUCAAUUAUUAAAAAGAGUAGAAGUUCUUGAAUAAGAAAAUUAAUAAUUAGAAUAAUAAUUGAAUGAAAUUACUAUGAAAAAAGAUCUAUAUUAAUAAGAAAUCUUAAAUAAAUAAAAAACUGAAGAAAUAUAUAAUGAAAUAUUAACAGGUUUUGAUUGUUUAUCAUAAAUAGAUAAUGAUAAUGAAGAUCAGAAAAGUGAUAAUAGUAAUUCUUAACUUAAAAGUUGUACUAAUAUUUUAAGCAAUAUAAAUAAAUAAACAAAAAAAGUAUUAAGUAGUCACUUAAAUAAGGAUGAUUCCUUACACUUUAGUUAAUUACAAUAGUAUUUACAAAUAAACAGUAUAGAUGGAGAGAAUAAUUCUAAGUGUUCAUCAGCUUGUUAAUUAUCUGCUGAUGAUUCCUUAUUAUAACAUUUUAAUGAAUUAAAUUUAACAUUACUUUAAUCUGAAAAGUCUAAAAAUAAUUAAUGUAAUUUACCAUUGUAGUAAUAAUAAUAAUACUAUUAAUAUUAAUAAUAAUAUUAAUAAUAAUAAUAAUAAUAAUAAUAAUAAUAAUAAUAAUAAUAAUAAUAAUAAUAAUAAUAAUAAUAAUAAUAAUAAUAAUAAUAAUAAUAAUAAUAAUAAUAAUAAUAAUAAUAAUAAUAAUAAUAAUAAUAAUAAUAAUAAUAAUAAUAAUAAUAAUAAUAAUAAUAAUAAUAAUAAUAAUAAUAAUAAUAAUAAUAAUAAUAAUAAUAAUAAUAAUAAUAAUAAUAAUAAUAAUAAUAAUAAUAAUAAUAAUAAUAAUAAUAAUAAUAAUAAUAAUAAUAAUAAUAAUAAUAAUAAUAAUAAUAAUAAUAAUAAUAAUAAUAAUAAUAAUAAUAAUAAUAAUAAUAAUAAUAAUAAUAAUAAUAAUAAUAAUAAUAAUAAUAAUAAUAAUAAUAAUAAUAAUAAUAAUAAUAAUAAUAAUAAUAAUAAUAAUAAUAAUAAUAAUAAUAAUAAUAAUAAUAAUAAUAAUAAUAAUAAUAAUAAUAAUAAUAAUAAUAAUAAUAAUAAUAAUAAUAAUAAUAAUAAUAAUAAUAAUAAUAAUAAUAAUAAUAAUAAUAAUAAUAAUAAUAAUAAUAAUAAUAUAAUUAUUUUAAUUAAAAGAAUUUACCCAUCGAAAAUUAAACUUAAUCAAUAGAUUUUAUUAGAUUAUAAACCAUUACUGAAGAAUAAUUAAGUUCAAAAAGAGAGAAAUCCAAAAUGGAAUAAUCUAACAAAAUCAAUACAACUCCUAUUCAUUAAAAUUACUUAAAUCUAAAUAAAGUUAAAAUUGUUGAUAAUUCAUCUUAAAAUAUCACAGCUCCACUAUCUGAAUAAACAAAGCGCUUUACUAAUAGAUUAGGUUAAUCUUAAUUAUAAAUGUCUAACUUAAAUGAAGUUACAUAAAAAUAAAUUUCUAUACCAUCUCCAUAUAUGCCAUUAUUUUUCAAUAAUUAACCAUCAAAUCCAUAGACUUAAAAGAGUUAACAACCUUAAGUUUUUAGAUUUAAGGAACAAAAUUCAUUAUCUGAAUAAAUACAAAAACAUAAAAAGUCUAAAUCUUUUGAUUCAACUUUAAAUAAAGAUAUAUAAUAAAGGCAAUUAUUUUGUAAUGUAUCAACUAAUAAUGGAUAAACUUAUUAUAAUUCAAAGGAUUCCUAAUAUCUCUCAAAUAAAUCAAAUCAUUUAGUUCCAAUAGAAUAAGAAAUACUCAGAAUUACUAAACCAUUAUAAAAAGGUGUAUUGAUUUUUAAAAGAUUUACAUCCACUAAACCAAAUUUAACUAAGAUGGAAUUUGAUCCAUUUACUUGUUAAAAUCCAAAUGUUUGUGGAUAUUGUCCUAGAAUGAUGACAUUAUCAUAAAACUUGGAUAAGAUUGAAUUUAAAAAUUAAAUGAGAAUUAAUGUAUUAUUUUUUAUAUUAUUUAGCAAGUUGAUUCAUUGUUGUAAUUAGAUUAAAUAAUGAGAGUAAUAAUUCCAAAGACAAUUUAAUAGAGUAUUUUAAUAAAGAAAUAAAUAUAAAAAAAAUUUAUUUUAAGUCAAGAAGAAAGGAUUGUUUGUGGAAUUUUAUAUUGGCCUAUGUCAAUCAUUACUUAAAAUGAUGGUAGGAUUGAAUUAUUGUUUGAUAAUGAGGAGAUAUUAGAAUAAUGGUAAACUAGUCUUAUUUUUCUCAAAGAUAACAUUAAAACACUUUAAAUCAUCAAUAAAAAAUUAAAAAAAUAAAUGUGA